AUGCAGAUGUAUAAAUAUCCAAAUUCGAGCUUUGAUUUCGACAGGCUAUCCCUUGAGGAAGUCCAAGCUCGCCAGUGGGAAUUGACCUCAAGUCUGAGCGAGACAAAAGCGGAAAUGAGAGAGAUUCUCGGUCGUUUUGAUAUCAAUGCUGAUGGUGAUACUGAGAUAAUCAAGACUCAUGAAGAAUUGACCAAAGAGAACGAGCAAUUGAAGAAAACAUGUGCUAUUCUCCACAGUCGACUGAAAGAUACAAUAAGCGAAUUGGAAGAAGCCAAAGUUACGAUAGAUGGAUUGAGGUCCGGAUACAACUCUUCGCGAGGAGGGAUGCACAGGUCAGACCGAUACACUCCAAGAGCAAGUAAGGAUAUCAAGUCGUCACAAGCAGAGAUAGAGGAACUUUCAGCGAGCAAUGAUCAACUGUCUUUGAGAUUGAUGGACGCUAAAGAUCGUUUGAGGAAGGAUAAUUUCCCGAUCUGA